CAGGUCGGUUAUGAUUUUUUUUGCCACUUUUUCUGGUCAACGCUGUGUUUUUGAUGACAUUUUUGCCAAUGGAUGCUCAUAAAAGAUGUACUUGUGUGUCUUAGACGAUUAUUGUUAAACGCAUCUUGUGCUUCACCCAGUCAGUCCAUGGCCGAUCAGCAUGAGUCCAUCGAUCUCACGCCUCCUCCAGUGGACCCGUCAGAAGCUGCAGGACACAGCUGGUUCCCUGGGCCCCCUCCGCCCAUGUAUUCCUGCACCCUGACCCCUGAGCUGGUGCACAAGGCACGGGAGGAGCUCCAGGAGAAGCCAGAGUGGCGUCUGCGGGAUGUCCAAGCACUGAGAGACAUGAUACUGAAGGAACAGCCCAACCUCAGGACUCGGCUGGACGAUGCCUUCCUCCUGCGCUUCCUGCGGGCCAGGAAGUUUGACUAUGACCGCGCUCUGCAGCUGCUGCUCAACUACCACGCAGGUCGUAAGGCUUGGCCAGAAGUGUUUCAGGACCUGAAGCCAUCCACAGUGAAACAUGUCCUGGACCUGGGCUUUCUCACAGUCCUGCCACAGCCGGACCCCAACGGGAGAUACAUCCUCUGUCUGCGGCCAGGAAAAUGGAAGCCAAAUGAUUAUCCGUUUGUUGACAACGUGAGGGCCAUUUAUCUGACUCUGGAGAAGCUGAUCCAGCCGGAAGAGACGCAGGUGAACGGCAUCGUCAUCUUAGCCGACUACACCGGAGUGGGCAUGUCACAGGCGUCCAAUCCGGGCCCGUUCCUCGCCAAAAAAGUUGUGAGCAUCCUCCAGGAUGGAUUUCCAAUCAGAAUCAAGGCUGUUAACAUAAUAAACGAGCCGAGGAUUUUCAAAGGCAUCUUUGCUAUAAUUAAGCCCUUUCUGAAGGAGAAGAUGGCAGAGAGGUACAUCCUCCACGGCUCGGACCUGCGCUCUCUGCACCGGAACAUCCCCCGGUCAGUUCUGCCGGAGGAGUAUGGCGGCACCGCAGGCCAGCUGGACUUGUGUGCAUGGUCGAGAGUGCUUCUGGACUGUGAGGAAGAAUUUAUAGUGGAGUUCUGCCAGCCGGAUCCACUAGAGGGCGUGGUGUUCCCAGACUCCAUGCUGUUUGAAGGAGAGCAGGCCAGCGGGCAGGACGACGACACCUUCAGGGGCCUGCGCUCUCAACUUUACUACUGCUACUGAUGCAGACUGCAAACGCUCCCAUCACUGAGAGGACGUUUCUGUUUCAUUUGAAACAUGUGUGUAGACUUUUAAAGGGCAAGUUGCCAAUAUUAUACAUGAUUUAUUUUACUAACUAAGCAGCACUACGAUAGGUGGAUAGUCUUCUGUAGUUUACACAUUGCCCAGCAUUCAGUCGUGGUUCCAAGGCAGCUGCAGGCUCAGGCUUUAACACGAGCCCAUGCAUGUUUGGCCAUUAUCAGUGGCCCCUCUAUGAAGGAAUUUCUGUUACUUAAAGGAGAGGUUCACAUGCUUUGAUUGUCAGGCACAUGUAUGUGUGUUGUAGGUCCUCUUGUCCAUACUGGCCGUGAAAGAAUCCCGUCCAGAUGUGCUUUCAGUGUACGACAUGGGAGACAAAAUCCACAGUCAGAAAAACGAAUCUCUAUUAACAGAUGAAUGCAGAUCUGUAGGCGACAAGGCAAGAGUUUGGUAUCAAAAGAGUUCAGUGGCCUGUUCCAUAAAGCCAUUUUACCUAAUCUUGGCGUUCCAAAUUACUUUUCCAGCAUAAUUUUCCCAUAGUAAGUGAUCUUAAACUAUGUUUAAUUAGCUUUAUGAACUGGAUCAACUGAAAACGAUUCAGAUUAACCUGAAUAAGAUUGUCUUUUUUUUUUGGUAAACUUGCUUUAUGGAGCAGCCCCUGGUUUCUGUUUGUGCUCCGUAUGCAGUCUGAGUAGUAUUCAUUCAUUCAUUGUCCAUAACGGCUUAUCCCA